AUGAAUUGGGAUGAUUUCCAGCAAAAGGCCAUCGUGGCCAUUCCUAAGCAGACGUUGAAGCCUAACCGGUGCUGGAUCGGGGUGCUCCACCACGAGAAACCUCCAGAGUCAUCCCUUGAAGAGAGAGACUUCAUUUGGAUGAUUGGUCAUGAGAAGAUGCCCAUACAGACGGUCCAAGAAGCAUAUUUGAAAUCACACCAAGUAAUCAACUUCCGGCUCAAACAUAGAGACGCUCUCGUCGAUCAAAAUGGCAUAGUCAGAUCUUACUUGCGGCCUGGCAGUGAUCUUGUCUUAUUCUGGGCGACGUGCGCACUGCGCAGAACAGUCCGUGGUGGGAGUUAUCAAGGAAUCCGCCAGUCCUACUCUCGCUCGCCAGGAUCCAAAGAGUCUUGA